CUAGCAGUGCCCAUACUGGAAAGUAAAUACCAUUGGGCGCUGCAGUACCUCUCUUUUCCUCUAGGAGUGGAUUUUCUCUUCCAUCCCAAUCGUGCAGGUGGCGCUGUAGUGCUGUCUCCUCCCUCUGAAUGCUCCCGGAAGGCAGUGUGCGGCGGUGAGACUGUGCCCAGUGUGCCCCAUGUUCGGCUAUCUGGCAGCGGCUAUUGUGUGCGCAGCGGCCGUGCUGAUCGUGCUCCUGGGCCCGGCCUCGUUUCCCAGUGUACCCGGCCUGAUCUCCCUGUUUGCGGGCAGUGAGUGCGGGGUGUCCGGGGGCAGGGUGCUCGGCCAGAAGGAGCUGUCAGAGCACAAUGGGGGGCCGGGCAGCCCGGGCUUAUACCUGGCUGUGCUGGGGCUGGUGUUUGAUGUGAAGAAGGGGAGCAAGCACUAUGGCCCGGGGGGGUCCUACAGCUUCUUUGCAGGUACGCCCCUGGUAGGGGACAGUCAUUGGGUGGGUGGGGGGAUGCCAUACACCUGCACUCAUACAUGGCACUGGGCAGACAUACUUAUUAUCCUCAGCCAGCCAUAGCAGCUGCAAUGCAAGCCAUUAGUGGCAAAGGACAAGUAGGUGCACAAUGCAAACCAAAUAACAUCAUACAAUAAUACAAUAUCAUUUUAUUCGUCUGCAUAUACCAUACACAUCUAAUAAUAAUAUUUUCCUUUCAAAUCACUUUUACAUUUAUAUUUUGGCCCAAGUGCACAUUACAGAAUAUUGACCAACAAGGUUAUUCGCUAAAGUGAAAAUUCUAAGUGAAUUUCACAUUUGAAGCCAUAGUAGUAGUAGAAUUGAAAACAUAUAUAGUUUGGUUAAUUUUUUUUUCCAGUUCAGUUUUUUUUAAAUUCACUCUGAUGUCUCACUUUGUACGUACCUUGCAUGUAUAUUCUUCUUUUUCAAAAUUAAAUUCAGAAUUGCCUCUCCCUCCUUCCCGUUGUAUUCCAGCUGUGCCAAAGAACAUGCACAGGUAAGGCUCCUGCCUGAUUCUAACUGGAACUCAGACUUUCCUCUGAACCUUUUUAUAGUGGGGUGCUACUAAGUUUACUAAAUUAACUCAACAGCACACAGUGCCCUAGAGGAUAAUUGUGAUUUGGCUAGUUGGGUGCCCUGAUGGGCAAUGUAGUCAUCAGCAUUUGCACUACCAAAGGUUAGACAUCAAUGGCAAAAAGGAAUGGAAAGUAUAGGGGGAAAAAACGUUUUAUGAUUACGUUUUUUUUAACGGUAAUUAAAAUGUAUAUUUUCAUGGUUUAAAUCACAUGCAUGUUUUUUUUAAUAACUGUUCAUUUUGAAUAUAUUAUCAAGGGAAAGAUGCCUCUAGAGCCUACGUGACUGGUGAUUUUACAGAGAAAGGUCUUGUGGAUGACCUGUCUGAACUUUCUCCUUUGGGAAUGCUUCACCUGAACAACUGGCUUUCAUUCUAUCGGCAGAAUUAUGAUUUUGUUGGUAUGGUAUAAAUCCCAUUCACCUUUUAAUUAUUUUCACUCCAUUUUUCUUGCUUGGGCUUUUUAAAUUGCUAUAUUUUACCAAAUCUAGUGUGUUACUGGUGCUAAGUAACACUCUACAAAGCACAUUUUCUUAGUCUUUCAUUAUACAUGCAUGGAUCCUUCUCGUUAGUCUUAUCAUGCGUAGAUAUGUGUAUGGAUAUAAUAUAUGCUGUAUGUAAUGUGUUCAUUUAACCACUUGCAAAUGACUAUUAAAAACAUGGCCUUUGAAGGAUAUGUAUGCAACCUGAAAAAUGUAAGGGGUUGUGUAUCAAAAGUGUCACUUUCGCAUACGUUUCUUGGAAAUUUUGAUUCGAUUUCUUGGGUAUAACAAGAGUGAUUGGGUUACAGUACCUGACAAACAGUGUAAGACUCAAAUCUAUAGAUGAUGUUUCAUGGUCCCAACCCUCUGACCUUAUACAUCACCUUAGGGGGAGGUGAUUACAACACUUUAAUAGGGAUAAAGCAUAAACAUCACAUGUUGUGGCCCCUAACUCAGUUUAGACACCUAUGCCUAGACUACCUAAAAUGGUGCUGCCCCAGUUAUACCAAUUUCUGAUGUCUGGGUAGCAAUAACCCCCACAAAGCUUUAAGGAUCUAUGGAAAGACAAUUCAAGGAUGAAUAGUUGACCAAUAUCAAUGACUCUGUAUGAGGAAAGUUCAGUAUCUGCAUGCAGAGGGAGGAGACACUGAAUGUUUGGAUGCAUUUUAGGCAGCCAUGACCCAGGAAGGAUCUCUAACAGCUAUCUGAGGUAUGGCCAGUGAAGUUAUCACUAGGCUGUAAUGUAAACACUGCAUUUUCUCUGAAAAGACAGUGUUUACAGCAAAAAGCCUGAAGGUAAUGAUUCUACUCACCAGAACAAAUUCAAUAAGCUCUAGUUAUUCUGAUGACUAUAGUGUCCCUUUAAUUUAAAAAUUUGCUUUGGACUAAAUAGAAUUUUGCAAACAUUUACUACAAGUGUCAUUUGAAUUCUGUUCUGUUCAGCAUAAUUUAUAUUUGUAUAUUUUUUCGAAAUUAGCAGUUACUGAAGAAAUGUUUGUACAAAGGUGCAUAUGGACAUAAUAUGCAGAUGUUUGAUUUAUUUUCAGGAAAACUCGUAGGAAGAUUUUAUGAUAAAAAAGGACAGCCCACAAAAGCCUUAGAGGAUGCUUUGGCAGUAAUUGACAUUGGGUUGAAGCUUAAAGAGCAAAGAAUAGAAGAGAAUAAGCAAUUUCCACCCUGCAAUGUAGAAUCGAGCUCUGGGAUCAGUAGAGUGUGGUGUUCCAAUCGCAGGUAACAAUCCCUGAACCCAAUAAGCAAAUUCCCAUGAAACAGGUUGUUCACUUAAGGGUGAAAUCUCAGAAAUUAUUUUUUUCAUUUAUUUUUUAUUUUUGCUGUGCAAAAAAAUAUAACGGUAUGCGUGUGGUACCCCGACGGCAUUCCACACGCUGCAUUUCAACAUUAUUAACAUUGGGGUAUUCGUGGGUAUAUGCACAUUUUUAAAUUGUUAUAAUAAAAGUGAUCAUAGUGAAAUCAUACGGCUUACUUGUUACAUAUGCCAGGCGUGUCUAUGUGGUUUUGUCAUUAUGGUAAGUGUGAUAUUCAUUGAUUAACGAUGCUGAAACAACUAAGCUAGUGUAUAAUUUGUGUAGGCAUUGUAAUCAGGCUGAUUGAGUUAUUAGAGGCUAAACAUCAUGCAGUAUAAACUUCAAUGAGCUACAUUAGCUAACAAGUAUGAUGCAGUCAUAUACUUAAAGAUUGUGUUCAAGUUAGGUUCCUGAACUAGGCUUGCUGAUGAUUUAAAUGUCCCAUGAGGUUCCCUCUUAGAUCAUGACACAGUUGUAAAGCAGAAUUAUAAUUUGGGUCAUCCUUCUGUGCUAUGUGUUUGAGAGGGGCACAUACAUUUAAGAGGAAGUCCCGGCUCUUGGUCUGUUAUCAGCCGACUCCCGUCACGGGUAUCCCGCUGUUGGGCAACUUAUUGAGGUGCUUCAAGCCUCCAGGCUCCGGUCCCGUCUCGUGGGGCCAGACGGUCCCCCGAGUGCUGAACACCAGAAAAACCGGAGACCCUCGACGAGGUGUAGAUGCACGUCUCACGCGUGACCAGCUGUGGUUAUGCUGCUGUUUAUGCCGGGGUGAUUGUGGGGGCCUGGUGCGCCUUCUCCGUGGGUUCCUCUUGUCUGUAGGGGCCACGGGUGUUUUCCUUGUGUGUGACAUGUGCCGUUUAGGUAAGGGGCCGUUUGCUUGUGGUGGGGCUUGUUGCAGUGCCCGCCUCUCCAUCUUAUGCCAGAAUGCCGCCAGGAUAGCCUCCAGCUUCUUCUGGAGCGUGAUCUCCAUGUUGUGAGCUUGAUUGCGAGGGAGGUACGAGGUGUCCGCCAUUAGGAGCGAUUUGGUAGUAAAGUUAGUCGCUUGUCUGCCGUCCUUCACCUCUCCCUUUCCCCUGCUGGUUAUAGCUCUCUUGGGUUGGACCGUGUUCACCCCCAACGGUCCCAGGGGGGGUAACGGGUUGCCUGUCCCGCCAUUGCAGUUGCUGGGUAGCCCCUGAGCGGGAGAGCAGCCGCCUCCCCCGCCCUGUGCACACAAGGCUGCAUGUUGUCGCAAGUGUGGCUGCUCGGCUUUUACCGGGUCACCGACCCCUACUACCAGGCCCAGCAGUGUCGGGCUUCGGUAUGGGCUCAAGGUGGUCCCUGAAUCAGGCUGAAUGAGGCCGUGUUUUGUCUUCAAUGACAGGAUUGUGGAGGAGCUCCUGUGAAAAACGUCUGUCCUCAAUGACAGGUAGGCCCUGCCCCCUUCUUAGAAAUUAUUGACUAAAAUUCGUUAGAAAACAUAGCUGACUUGGAAAUAUUUUCAGCUUGCCUAUUUUGUACUAAAAUUUGAAAUUUACUUUGAAUUCCAGAUAAUUCACACUUUAGUGAAUAACUCUGAGUAUUUCAGCAAGACAUAUUGCUAUUCUAUGGUACAUGGCUGCACUAUAUUCUGAUGGCCUCUAUCUCUGCCCACUAAGUACAAGGUCUUCAUGAUCAAUGAUGAUAUAAUGGUUAACAGAAGAAAGGACAAAGACAUUUACAUCUACACUAUUACACUAUUAAAGGAACACUCCAAUGCCAUAAUCAAUACAUCCCCCUGUAGUGGUUACUAUUCCAAGAGUGUCCUGGCAAGCUUUUAGUAACUGGGUUGGCUGGGUGGCGCUAAAAUGGUUUGACUACUUACACUCCUGGCACCAUCACCUUUACUGGUUGCGCUGCUUUGUAUUUUCUUUUAAAGGAUGCAAUGUCUUAUAGGAAAAAGUUGUAUUACAGCAGUAUUUUAAGACGUUAACUGUAAUUACCCUGUGUUUAUUAAGUGAUCGUUAGUUUGUUUAGCCGUCUAGACAUAUUUUGAUGCAACAGUAGCUCAAAUAAUUACCAUACUGUUAAUAGAGACAGUGUAAUAUUUUUAAUGGGGGGAAAAAAACACAAUUGUUUUUGUUGUAGAGGAGAAGUGGCCAAAUGGGAGAUCCCUAACGGUGAAAGAACUACAACUCUUGUGGAACAUUGCAAGCUUUCCUGUUUUUUAUAACUGGAGAUCUACCCUCUGGCUACACCUGCCUUUAGAAGUUAUAUUUACAGUGUUAUUUAUCAAUAUAAUAAAUGGUCGUACUCCUAGGCCUUAAUCCAAGAAAUAAAACUUAACUUUUAUUUUAUAGCUUAAAAAUAAAUCGACAUUUCAGCUCCAUCCAGGAGCUGUCAUCAGGAUGACAAAAGAAGUGUUAUUUAUGUGUAUAUGCUUCUUGCUUGUUUUGUCUCCUCAGUGGUGGCAUACACAGGGACUGGGUAGGGGUGCCCAGGAAGAUGUAUCUAGCUGGCUCAGAUGGUUAUCGGUGUGUCUGUGUCAGGACAUCAGGGCCUCCAACUGAGCACCCCGACUCUACAGAACACCGUGACAGAGGAGAUCUGGACAAUCCCUUACUCAAGGAGUACGAAGAGUGUAACCCUCUUUUUGAUUGGUGUUUACUAAAAGAAUAAAGCACAAACUCAAAAGUACUGGUACACAUCAUCUACACAUCACAACCUUCACCUUGACCCUGUGGGUUGAAGUUUCAUUUUUGUACAUUAUUGCGAGGAUAUUCCUCCAGUCCCAUGUACUUUAUUUUAUUUAUGGUUAUAAUUUUUUUUUAAUUUCUUUUACUUAUAAUAUCAUAGUUGAAAGCAAACUUUCUUUCUGACUAAGUUAAUGAAUUGCAGACAUGCAUUAAUACAACAAAGAGCAUAAAUGUUGAAACCACAUAACCAUUUAUGUAAACUGGCGAAACAGAGUAACUCCGAUUUAAAGAUUAAGUGGGAAUAUCAAAAAUUGAGGGGAGACAAUAAUGAUAUAGGGCAUACGUAUGAUUUACACUUUACAUAAAACUAUAAC